AUGAAGAUCGACGAGAUCCGUUCGUCGGUUAAAAGUCCUCGUAUUGACUCACACAGUCAUGUAAAGAGCCUCGGUCUCGAUGAUAAGGGAAAUGCUAGGCCAGUUGCUGGCGGUUUCGUCGGCCAAGCGGAAGCGAGGGAGGCAGCCGGAAUCGUUGUGGACCUCGUGAGAGCAAAACGAAUGGCAGGUCGAGCAGUUCUUUUAGCGGGGCCGCCAGGAACAGGCAAGACAGCUAUUGCUUUGGCAAUGGCAAGGGAUCUUGGUAGCAAGGUUCCGUUUUGUCCUAUGGUCGGUUCGGAGGUGUAUUCCGCGGAAGUUAAGAAAACCGAGGUACUCAUGGAAAACUUUCGUCGAUCUAUAGGUUAG